CUACCGUGCCACUUUUAUUGCGUCUUUUUUAUUGUUUGUUUUUAUUUAUUGUUUAGUUAGUACGUUUACAUAGCGAUAUAUAUGUCGAGACAGACCGUUAACUGCAGACACGUUUUUGAAUCAUUGUGACUCACGUGUCACACAUCAAGAGCUUCCUUAAAGUGUGCAGUCAGUUAGAACAGGACACUAUAAACAAUAAAUGGAGAGCCGAAGUCUGAGUUACUCCUUUCUCCUGUUUUGGACCGUGUGUUUUAUUGGGACUGUGGAGACCCACAAUGUUUCGACUCCAAAUAUGAUCAUAAUGCUUAUGGAUGAUAUGGGAUGGGGCGAUCUUGGUAUAUUUGGUGAGCCCUCUAAAGAAACUCCAUAUCUGGAUAUGAUGGCCACUCAGGGGAUGCUGUUCCCCAACUUCUACGCUGCAAAUCCUCUCUGUUCUCCAUCCAGAGCCGCGUUGCUCACCGGCCGUCUUCCGAUCAGGAAUGGAUUCUACACCACCAACGCACAUGCCAGGAACGCUUAUACACCCCAAGAGGUCGUGGGAGGAAUUACAAAAGACGAGAUCCUGUUGCCUCAGAUCUUGAAGAAACAAGGCUAUGUCAGCAAGAUUGUUGGCAAGUGGCAUCUCGGACACAGAAAGCAGCACCUGCCUUUGGAGCAUGGGUUUGACCAAUUCUUCGGUUCUCCUCACUGUCAUUUUGGACCCUAUAACGAAAGUGUCUGUCCCAACAUCCCUGUUUAUAACAACUCCCAAAUGAUUGGAAGGUAUUAUGAGGAAUUUCAAAUCAACAGGAAAACUGGGGAAUCAAACCUCACACAGCACUUUUUACAGGAAGCACUGGAUUUCAUCUCACACCAAAACACAGCCCAUCAGCCUUUUUUCCUCUACUGGGCCCCAGAUGCCACACACGAUCCAGUUUAUGCUUCUAAGCAGUUCCUGGGUCAGAGUCAGCGGGGACGUUAUGGUGAUGCUGUGAUGGAGCUGGACCACAGUGUGGGGAAGAUUUUGGCUCAGCUGGUUGAGCUGGGCAUCGACAAGAACACCUUUGUGUUCUUCACAUCUGAUAACGGUGCUGCAGUGAUGUCUGGACCAGGGCAAAGUGGCAGUAAUGGACCAUUCCUUUGCGGAAAGGAGACAACCUUCGAGGGAGGAAUGAGGGAGCCUGCUAUUGCUUGGUGGCCUGGACGAAUCCCAGCAGGAACGGUGAGCUAUCAGUUGGGCACCGUGAUGGAUCUCUUCACUACCAGCCUCGCUCUUGCCGGCCUUAAUGCUCCUGAUGACCGGAUCAUCGAUGGCAUGGAUCUGAGUUCCACUUUCUUUAACAAUUCAGUAAUAGAAAGGCCCGUUUUCUAUUACCGUGGCAAUGAGAUGAUGGCAGUGCGGCUCGAGAUGUACAAGGCACAUUAUUGGACAUGGACCAACUCGUGGGAGGAGUUUAAAAAGGGUAUAAACUUUUGUCCUGGCCAGGAGGUUCCAGGGGUCACCAAUCACAUCCAGAUGGAGCACACCAUGCAGCCUCUCAUUUUCCAUCUGGGACGGGACCCAGGAGAGAAACAGCCAAUCAGCGUCCUGUCUAAGGAAUAUCAGCAAGUUCUUGAACGUAUCAAUGCCAUAGUGGAGCAACAUAAGCGGACGCUCGUGCCCGGAGAGCCACAGCUAAACAUGUGUGAUCUGGCAGUGAUGAAUUGGGCUCCACCAGGAUGUGAGAAGUUGGGAAAGUGCCUCAAAUCCCCACCGUCUAAUCCAUGGAAAUGUGAAUGGCCCCACUGAUGCAUCCAAUAAAUAUCUUUACAUCA